CCCUGCAAGCACUGAACAGAUAUUCUUUGGGGCCGGUCAGGUAAAUCAGGAUCCAGAUACACAGUAGCAUGGCUCUGAAUAAUCCCACCCCACUGGGACCAUGGAAGUGUGUGCGUGCGGCAUGUGCAUGCUACAUGUGUGCAUUUGUGUCCUCUCCAGAUCACAUGUUAUGACCAGGAGAACUUCCAGGGGAAGCGUCUGGAGUUCACUUCAGCCUGCCAGAACAUCAUGGAGUGUGGCGUGGACAACAUCCGCUCCCUGAAGGUGGAGUGUGGCGCCUGGGUGGGAUAUGAGCACUCCAGUUUCUGUGGACAGCAGUUUGUGUUGGAGAGAGGAGAAUAUCCUCACUGGGAGUCUUGGAGUGGCAGCAACGCCUACCACAUUGAGAGGAUGAUGUCCUUCCGCCCCAUCUGCUCUGCUAACCACAAGGAGUCCAAGAUGGUGUUGUUUGAGAAGGAGAACUUCAUGGGACGUCAGUGGGAGAUAAAUGAUGACUACCCUUCUCUGCAGGCCAUGGGCUGGGGCAACAAUGAGAUCGGAUCCAUGCAAAUUCAGACUGGGGCCUGGGUGUGCUACCAGUUUCCAGGUUACCGUGGUUACCAGUACAUCAUGGAGUGUGAUCGUCAUGGUGGCGAGUACAAACAUUACAGAGAGUGGGGCUCCCAUGCUCAGUCCUUCCAGGUGCAGUCGCUGCGUCGAAUUCAGCAAUGAGACCCGCAGCCUCCUCUCCCAACCUCUCACUCUUUACCUCCUCCAUCGCCUCCUCUUCCUCUUCCUCCCGUCACCCAAUCAUUCCAGCACCCUCUGGUGCUUUACCAUCAAUAUGUUUACAGCACUUUUGUUUUGUUCUGUUGCCAAAUGAAAAUAAUGAGAAAUGAUGGCAAGAAUUAAGGAAAGAAAAGGCAGCCACCGGAAAGAAGCUCCUGACUGACGCCCCUCUGAGGAGAGAGGAUGUGGGAAUUAAAGAGGCCUCAUGGUGGCAGCAGGAUGGUGAUGUCACUCAGAGUCAUUGCUUCCUCCAUUUGUAGGUGCAUGGUGCUACCAGUGAUUGAAAAAGAAGGAAAGGGCAACUUAAAAUAAACAGAAAUACAAUAGUCUGCUGCUAACCUC